AUGAAGCCUUCUGGAAUCGAUCCGAUUCUUCGGGAUUUUCUCGGCCUCUCCUUGCUCUGCACUCUGGGAGCCGCCUUCGAACUUGUAAUACUCUCUGAAGCUACCGAAAAACAAAACUGUGUUUUCAGUACAUCGAUCCGAAGAACUACCAGUACACUGGGACACCUGUUGAUAAAUCGACCGUCGCAGAACGUCCUUGGGAGCCGAUUCGCUUCAAGUUUUUCUUGGAAGAAUCAAUGUUCACGUGAGUCCUUCGGAACUCCUGCCGUUGAAGGAGACUGAAGCAAGAGUGCUAGUUUUUUGAACAAACCCAUUUACUUUUGAACUGGGAGAGACACGUUCUGAGAAUCGAGAAUGCAUUUAUGGUGUACCUCAUUCCAAACGACUUGAAAUACUCUGAAAUGUCAGCGCCUUUCUUCUCAAUCACCUAUUAGGACAUAGUAACCAACAAGUUUCAGAAAAGUUGACACGGCCAGGAGGGAAAUUCUCAAAAGAGUCAUAAAAGAGUCGUUCCAAUUCUACUCUGACUCGAACUUGCGAGUUCAGCGAGAUCCCAAUGGACUAGCUCUGUACAAAAAGUUUGUUUCAUAUACCUGCGAAUCUUCAAAAUCAAGGUUUUUUGUAGUAAACACAAUAAUCAGUAUAACAAAGGAUAUGAUGUGAACGGCUUGUUGGUGAAGUUUCCCGAAUCAGUUAAUUUCUUCAAGGUGAGCUCAUCCAAAUCUUUCACAAUGCCUUUUUGGCAAAGAACCUGUGGUGCUUGCUCACGUUUCCUCUCCUCACACAGGAAGUGAAAAGGUCGAGGUAUUGAAAUUCGAUGAAACUUUCUACAGAGGUACUUCAGGCAUUGUUAAAAAAGAUUAUGGCAAAUCGCAAGAAGUUUGCACGCAAAAAUAAAUUAGAUAUAAGGAGAAUUGUGUUGCGACGGCUUCCGCUGUCAGCAGGCGCCCUUGCAUAAAUAGCUGAUUCACGACUGCCUUGAGUCAACGAAAAAAGAGUUCUGACACAAUAAUGAAUUAUAAAUUCCCUGUUUCGAAAGCGCAGAAGGGUCCUUUCAAAUAAAAACUGGCGAAAAUGAACCUUACCAAGAUCGACGUGAAAGCGAAAGGCCCACUUUUUCGCAACUUCUUUGAAUCAGAAGGUUCUGAAUAGAGCUCUCCAAAAUGAAGGGUGAUCGUUUUUGACGUUUGAAUAUUCUGAGCGCACAAAAUAGGAAAUGAACUAGAGCUCUCCAAAAUAACCAUUCGAACUGUGAUCCGCUAAACAAGCCGAUGAAAGAAAAGUUUGACAGAAUUUCUGAAAACUGCAAAAAUGGGGGCGCGUCUCAUGACGUGUCCAGUGUAUUUUAAACAAAUGUUAACUCCCUAUUACGCAGUGUAUUUUUCGUUUUUGGAAAUAAGUCAUGAAGAGACGCCAAGAGCAGUUCAACUCGUUUCAACUCGCUAUUCGAAUGAAACGAAGUUUUCGUUCUUUUUUAAGUUAACAGCCAAAUAAAGAUUCUCAGGCAAAUUCCAGGAGUGUUGGGAAGGUGAAUGAAAAUUAGAAGUUCCAAAGGCUUUCCCAAGACCUUCUAGCUUUCAUACACCUUCCAACCUCCUGCUGGUUACCUUUCCAACACCUUCCCAGUUCGCCUGAGCUAGGAAUCGCCUGAGUUCAAUUUAUUGAUCAAUAAAAGAGUGAUUAUUAGCGCCUUUCUUUAAACGGGGAGGCCUGUAUUGAGACUUCUAAUUUUUUCUGUAUUGCAGUGUGCGAAGAACGCCAUUGGAUGUACGGAAGACCCAGAUUUCAAACCCCUUGAUGUAAGUAUUGCUGAAGUUAAGCUAAAACUCGAACCGCUAUACAGUGUUGCCCGUUUUGAGUUUGUCCUGAAAGUCGAGGAGGAGUCCUGUACGUAGGGACCGCAAGCCAUUUCUUUAGAACCAUUCAAAAAAAUAUGUUUUUUUCACUAUUCGAUGGAGGAGACUGUCAAUUUUCAUAAUCCGUUUAAAUUUUGGAAAAAGGUCCACUAAGGAAAAAGUUAUAGCCAAUAAACUAGCGCGCGCGGCGUUCAACUGAAGGCAAAAUCUCACGGUUUACCCUCUGCCGCACGCUUUCUUUUUAAUUCAUUUUGCGCAUUUCUGAACCGUUUUCAAAUCGGUUUUCUGUUCUGAGAGGUUGUCUGAACAAAAAUAUAGAAGCGUUCCUAUGGUCUCACGCGUCAACGAGGCAGGCGAAAAAAGGAGGUUUUGGUAAAACUCAAAUAUAAUUUUAUUCGCUGUCCCAAUAAUUAUUUUCAUUUUGAAUUUUUGUUUUUGGACACAUUGUUAGUUUUUAAAACAAAUAAAAAAUAAACCAUGUCGUCGCUGAAAUUUUUUCGCAUUUCAGCUUCAAAGUUUGGUGUCACUUUACAAGCUUCGAUGUUUUUUUUCGCGUCAAUAGAUUUUUUUAAAAAUUUCCAUUCAAAGAAUAAAGAAAGUGUUAAUCAUUUGAAGAUGUUCACUGGCUAGCGGUUCGAGAACUGGUGGGGGUUGUUUUUAAAAUCUUUAAAAGUAAUUAAUCCAUCAUUGAUUUAGGCGGACAUGGUUUUUUUGAUACAUUUCACUGACGAUCCCAAUUUUGCUGGCUCGGGCUCAGCCGCAGCUACGCUUGGUUUUGACGUAAACACUUAUAGGUAUUCAAAACGUUGUUUUGGAUAAAAUUAAAAUCUGAUGAUUGGAGACCGAACGUGGGAAUCGUCCUUAUCACCGCAAACACGUAUACAAUACUGGAAACGAUGGCUUACAGAAAGGUUGAAAGUUUGAGAUUUGGAAUCAUUUGAACUCCUGUAUUCUUGAUUUGGUUGUAUUAAAAAAGAAUCAGCGAAUUUUCGAACGGCGACUUUUCCGAUUUUUUCAUAUAUCUGAAAAACUUUCCGACGAAUCCCUUUCCGAUUUUUUCCCUUAUAUUUUUUGGUUCAUAUAGUCUGUUCAGAUUUUGAAUGUCAAUCAGCUAACUCCGCCUCUGCUGAGACGGUACCUUCUUGUGUCGAUGUUUUACCGCGCGUGAAAAUUUUGAUCUUUUUUGAUCUACAUGAUAGAAAAAGAGGUCAAAAAUGCAGCCUUAUUAAAGGGCCAUCGUCAAAUGUAGGUGAAACGUUGACGCGAAAGAUAUUGUAGCCUCAGGGGUGGAGUUAGCUGCUUGACAUUCAAAAUCUGAACAGACUAUAAGACAUCUAUAAACAUUUUUUUCUCCUAUUUCUUGGUGUUUUAAUCGAAUCAAGUACCUUAUUCAUAUAGGAAGAUUCAAACAAAAAAUUUUUCGAGAGAAUAAGUCGGAAAAGGAUUCGUCAGAACUCGGAAAGUUCGCUAGCGAUAUGAAAAAAUCGGAAAAGUAGUCGUUCGAAAAUUCGCUGGUCUUUUUUUCAUGACACCCUUGAUUUGAAAUAAUAAAAGUGAAAGCCGGGAAAUUUUUUCCACACAAAUUUUAAUGCAAACCGAGAAAGUUUGUUUUUGUGAAUUCUUUUCAGCUAAAAAUCAGGACUUUAGCGUUUUUUUAAAUUAACAAGUAAACAUUUGGACAUGCAAAGGGAAAUAUACACCAUAUGUAAACUAACUAAUAUUGACUGAUCGCAUGCCUCGUCUCCAAAAAAUGUUACUCUCAUCAAUCUUUUGAAACUUGCAGGGAUAUGAAGCUUCGGUAGGUGUACUCCGUCACGAGAUCGGUCACGCGCUUGGCAUCGGACGUUUGGUUAUGCAGUACUCGACUUACGCGUGAGGAUUUUUGAAUUUUUCUGAAAUUGAAAAAAACGCAGUCCGAAAGAAGAUGGUUCGAAGUAUAUAGCUGAUUCACGGCUGGCUUGAGCCAUCGAGAAAAGGGUCCUGUCACGAAAAGAGACGAGACAGUGCCCUGGUUGGUGGAGAGUGCAGACAGGCCACGCCUUUUUGCGUCCCAAGCUAGCCGUGAAUCGUCUAUACCAUAACUCCAAGAGUUCCUAGAACUAUUAGUGAAAAUGUUUUAGAAGUUUAGAAAACUUUCUUUUUGUACACUCCAAAGUCUAAAAGGUGUUUUUUUUAACUGGCCUACUAUCUUGUGAACUGAAAGAGUAUCAAGUGAACCCAAAAAGUGAUUUUUUGAACCCAAACAUGUUCUCUGCUAUAGAACGUUUGGUUCUGGUAUGCAUGAAGUGGUUCGUCUCAGCAUUGGCUCGGAAAAUCAUAGCUCAAAGAAGUAUCGGUUGAAAAAAUCAAAAAAUUUAGAAAGCUUCAAUAUUCAAAAACAACAAGAAAGUCUUUUUGUGUUCAUCUUACUCCAAGAAAAAAAAAUUUAUGGAACAAGUUGAAAAGAGUUUGGCAUUUUCAGUUUUUGAGAGCUAAAAAUUUUGUUUCGUUUUGAACAUCGCAUGUUAUAAUCUGUAACUGUGUGAAACGUUGUUAUGCACAACAUUUGAAAAUUUCAGUGAAUUACGAUCGUUUAUACCGGAGUUAUGGCCAAACAACCAAAUAGGCAUAUCUUUAUGGUCAGUACUGUAGCUGUGUCAUUUCAGCUGUGUGAGGAAAAUCAGAAAAAGUUGGCUUCACACACACAAAAAAAAAACUUAAAAAAUUCUCUAAACUUCACAGCCGUUUUGCGAAAUGUUUUUAGAGACAUGCCCAUGUUAUUUAUUUAUUUCACUCAAACACUAAAAUAUGGAAUAAUUGAAAAGGAAGUAUUUGAGUGAAGGAGGACCCGAUACAAAAAGCGAGCGAUUUACCGGGCACAGUGUUCCCAAACGGACGGCAGCUGUGGUCAGUAGGCGUGGCUACUGCAACAGCGGCACGGUUUAUUGCAAUAGGGGCGCGGGGAUGAGAGUCAAGUUUUGUGGAUUUAGUGGUUGGAAAAAAAGAUCAUUAAAUGAUGUUUUUUUCCUAGGUUCUCGCAAGUUUUUCAAAGAUUUUUUUAAUGUGUAUUAGAUUAUAACGAACAAAUUUGAAUGAAAAAAGACGAAAAAGUUUUUUUGCAAAUCAAAAUAUCUCCCAAAAUGUCGUUUUUUAGGAAAACUCGUCAAAUCGAACUUCCAAAGGGAAAAUUGAGAAAAAGCUCGAAGCACUUCUCUUAAGAAUUACCAUUUGAACGUUUUAGAACAAAAACAAAUACAUAAUAGCUUGUGCAAAUAAAGUUGUCACCCAAAAUGACAUUUUCAAGAAUAAAUUCGUCGAAUACUGCCUCGAAAAAAGAUUUUGAGAAAAAUCUCACAGCGUUUCUCUUAAGAAAGUUCAAUUGAGAAUUCUAAAACAAAAAAACAAACGAAAUAUCUUAUGCGAAAUAAGUUGUCAUCAAAAAUGUCAUUUUAAUGCGAAUUUCUGUGACGAAAAAAAUUGAAAAUCACUUCAAAUCUUUGGAAAACGCGAUAAACAGGUUUUAAGAACACAUACAAUGUGAAAAGAUACGAAAGAAUGGUAGAAUACGCAAGAAAAAGAGAAAAAACCGUAUUAAAAAUGAAUAAAAUUUUGUGGGGGUGACACGCGCCGCACCGCGUUGCGUUAGAAAAAACUCGCGUUUUCGCCCCAUUGCGACGACCUUUUUUUUUCGCUUGCCGCCGUCUCUUUUGGAACACUGUGCCGGGAUGAGAGACACGUAUUGAAUAUUGAAAACAAAAAUUUCAGAUUUUUUAGAGAAGCCUGUUGGGCACACUUGCGAGUAGUUCAUUGUUGUCGAGAGAGUCGUGAAAAUUUCUGAGCGGGAGGCUGAAGUGUUCAUGUCGAAUUUUGAGCACAGUCUGUUCCAAAUAGGAAUGACUGUACUGAAAAAAAAAACAUUUGUAACGAGGAUCUGUUUGUAUCAGUCUCAAUGGAAAACGAGGUUAAUUAGUUCUUCUGAAUAAAUUAUCUGCGCUUGGAACAUGGUGGGAGCCCAGGACUAUUUCUUGGAGAGCUCGUAGAGAAAUUAUUAUUCUCUAUCGGAAAGCAGAGGUGGAGAAUUGGGAAGGCAGUCCUUGGCUUGGCGGCCAAGCCAAGCCAAAAAGCCAAACGAUAGAAAUGAGCCAUUAAUUUACGUGGUCUUUGGCAACUAGGUCAAGUACGUGGCGAUAACGCCCUGAACUAAUCAUUAUCAAUUUUGUAAAUUUUGAAUUGUUUUUUUUUUCGCAACUUCGUGUUAACGUUUUUAAUCUACUGUAACAGUUAUUUCAGCAGGGAAUUGUCACUGAAACGGGUCAAAAGGCUACCUUUUCAAUCUCACUAGAGAACUAUUUCGACAAAAAAAUUUUGAGAUGCUAUGAAAUUGAUGCAAAAGUAUUUCUCUUGAUUCAUUUGGUUUCAAAAAAGUCAAAUGACUGAAAAAUCCUAUUACGCCAGGCCACCUCGUUAAGAGUGGAAGGCUUACAGUUCUCUACCUGGAUUUUUCCGGUGGUAUGAAAAAAAAAACCAGCGAAUUUUCGAACGGCGACUUUUUCCGAUUUGUUCAAAUCGCUAGGGAACUUUCCGACGGCCACUUUGUCCACUUUUUUGUGUUUUAAUCAUGAAUCAACUACCUACUUUAUAUGGGAGGAUUCAAAACGAAGAGUUUAUUUAGCAAAAAAGUCGGAAAAAAAUUCGGCGGAAAGGUGGCCGUCGGAAAGUUCCCUAGCAAUAUGAAAAAAUCAGAAAAGUCGCCGUUCGAGUUUUCGCUGAUCUUUUUUUCAUACCACCAUUUUUUCGUGUUUUUUUGUUUUUGUAAAAAAGUUUCAUACAUCGCUCAAAACAAGCGCUUCUAGAUGUCAGGGCGAUUUCGCCUUACAAAUGAUCGUCGCGCCACGCUGACUUUUGAAAAAGUCAUUUCUGCCUUUUGGGCGUUUAUGGCUUGGCAGGCAGGGCGGCCAGAGGGCAGCCAUCCUCCACCUCUGUCGGAAAGCAUGGACCGAGAACCCUAAGACGGUCGGAAUAUGAAUUAAAACGAACAUUCCUUCUAAUAAACACCUCUCUGGUGAAGAAACGAAGCGGUUUUUCAAGUUGGGAGGAUACUGGUUAGGGGUGGGCUCAAGACUUCGUAAGCGUAUUCGAGGCAAGGACGAAUAUAAUGUACCAGCCCAGCAAUAGGAGAACCUUCGACCACGCCCCCGCGUGGGCGAAGGUUCCUCAGUUGGUGGGUGAGCUGGUUCCGCGUGUCCCCGCUAUCUUUCCUCGACUCCUGCCUGCCUGUAAUUCCCUGUGUCAUGCAGCUGACAUCCCAGACAGGAAGGUCCAAUACGCCAACCUUUACAAUUGUAUCUGGAAGGAGUCUCUAGACUCUAAAUGCGGGAAUUUGGAAUAAUAAAGAUUGAAAAGAAGCUUAUAUUUACAUCUGAAAAUUUCUCAUACGUUGUAAAAUGAGACUUUAUCGCGAUAUAAAACGAAAUUUUCGAAAAUUUUCAAGUGGCUUCAUAAUUAUAUGGAGCGGUGUAGCCUACAAUCACAUUCCUAAGAUUUGCUUGAGUGCGUACCCGGCGUAAUACGCAAGGGCUUGGAGAUUUUUAAAUAUUCUCUAAUUUUUUUAAAAUUUAUUCUCAAUAUCGCAUUACACUCAAACUUUUGUUCAUUUUUUUUUUGCAGAGAAUAUGCCCUCAACAGCACUCGAGAAAAAAUUUAUCCCGAAACAGAAGACGCUGACAACGCGAAAGAACUUUUCAUGGGACUAUCCUUUCCGACAAUCCUUGCCGAGACUCGAAAACACUUCGAAUGUCCCGACCUCAAGUUCAUUGAGUUGGAAAACGGCGGUGGCACCGGCUCUCGCGGAGGUCACUUUGAAAUCGAUUUCCUACCAGUACGUUUAACUUGCCUACUGCUUUUUUAUCCAAGGAGAAAAAAAAAGAAUUGUUUUAGUUUGACACGAUGCGCAGUUCUGUACCAGUAUUCAAAUUACCUUUUUCUUCAAUUAGCUUGGCUUUUCUUGAAGAUUCUGGGUGGUACAAAGCCAAUCUAUCGUGAGCACGGUUUCAUGUUUCGCUAACGUUCUUUUUUUUUUAAAGAAAAGGUGAACCUCUACCGCCAUAUUUCGACAAAGAUCCCUGUCUUCGUGCCAAAUCUUGCAAGAUGUCUGAUUACAAAGGCCAAUUGCACGUGAUCAUCAACUUUUUGCGCUCAUAG